AUGGACUCUGAUUCUGGUGCACCCCAAGCUGAAGCUACUUCGGAUCCAGUACCUACGCCUGAUGAUGGUACCUCGAUCACUAACGAAGUUCCUUCAAAGCGUGCCAAGACUGACGAAGAUGCUGCCACAUCUAGCUUUAAUGCCCAACCGCUGAAUAAUGGGAAUGAGUCACUUCAAGUCCAUAGCGCCGUUCAGUCUGGGGAUGUCAUGGAGGCUAUCGAGCCGCCAAACAGCAACGCAGGAGCUCCUUCUAGAAUACGUGUUCCAUAUGGGUUCCCAACUAUAACCCUCGCUGAGAUGCAGGAGCUCAGGGAGUGGCUGGCAAGUCAUGCCAACGCCACAACCAACAAUCAGGUUGCCAAUGGUAUCCAUACACAACUUCUGAAGUCAAUGGAACCAAAUCAGCAAGACCUGGAAGCAAUUUGUCGCACGGUUGGCGUUGAUACGAAUGGUAUCGAUUGGAAGACCGGCAUUCACAUUCCGGGGGUGAUGAAACACGGAUUGAAAGCAAGACCUCAUCAAAUUGCUGGUGCCACCUGGAUUUCGACCACCCUCGAAUCACCUCUUCGCGCUGCGCUUCUAGCGGAUGAGUGUGGAACUGGAAAAACUGUUCAGAUUGGCAUUGCCUUGGCCACCCACUAUCAUCGCAUGAAGGCAGAAGUUGAAGCUGGGACCUUCAAGCCUCGUGAUGAAAAGCGAUGGUUCAAGCCAAGUGUACUAUUUUGUCUACCGGAUCUUGCCUACCAAACAUUUCGAGAAUGGUCGCACUGGUUCCCAGAUUUCUUCAACAUCCAGAUUUGUCAUGGAACAAAAGCCCAGGCUGCUGAUGAGUUCAUUGAAGGCCAUAUCAUGGAUGAAGAAGAUGGUCUGCAGUCCUGGGUCGAUGAGAAUGCCUCAUCGCACAAAAGCAUCGAGACCCUUCGCAACAUUGCUAUCAUUCCUUAUCACACGGCCGUGAGACGCAUGAUCUCCCACGAACAGAGUCAAGUUGCCAGCCAGGUGCCAGCGCAACUACGUCGAGGACUGAAGCGAAAGAGAAAUAACAAGGACCAAAAGGAAGAGCUUAAGUUCUGGAUUAAGGGUCAAAGCUACAACUGGGUUAUUUGUGAUGACGUAUACGCCAUUCGCGGACCUCGAACCAGAACACACCAGUUGAUCACUCAGUUGGAACAUGAAGCGACACUGGGCUAUGUCACCUUGCUGUGGAGACGACAGUGGCCGUUCGUUUUUCGCCCUGGCUACGGUGGUUUCCGCGCAUGGGUGUAUUUCAAGAAGAAAGCUUGGCAGGCUCUCCAAGGCGGCGAGGAGUACAAGGGCCUCACUAUGGACCACAUCAUCCAAUCAAGGCGUUCAACAAUUGGCCCGUUGACCUCUCGUGACCAUAACAUGAGGGAAGAGUACAUUACGUAUAUCCAGGACAAGAAGGGUCCCUUGUUCCUGAUGAACCCGGACCUCUUUCAGAGAUUCUGCGAAGAGAUGAAGUCCCAAAAGCCUGGAGUCGCACGAGAAGCUAUUCGACCUCUUCUCGAAAUGUUCUGUCUUCGUCGCGGAAUGUUAACUCCUGCGACCAUGCCUGACGGUACAACCGUGGUGCCAAGCGAAGGCAUCCCUCCCAUGUACAUCAGAAUGGUCAAACUUCAGUCUCAUAACGACGAGGAUAAGGAUGACUUGUACAAUAUCAUAAAGAAGCACUAUCCAUUUCUUUUUCACGACUCUUGGGACGUGGACAAGGAUAUUGGCCAUGGCACUAUUGACAAGGCCAAACCUAUGUGGCCAAACCCAACGAUUGUUCGAACCUUGGCGUUGUCAACUACCAACAUCGAAUUCUACCCUCUUACGCAAAAGCCUGAUGGGGCUAAUGGGGAUAAAAAACAAACACCUCUUAAUUCGAAACUAGGCCAAAAGGUGAUGGACAACCGGCCUUGCUUGAACAGAUUGAAGUCGUUCAGCCUCUCCGGAGCAAACACAGGGACUAUCGACACUGAUGUUCCCAAUGAGAUCCAGAAGAUCUUGCGGAAGGAUGGAGUUGGUGGAUUACUAUGGUAUCUCAGCGUGAUGCAGGAAAAUCAACAUGUCGAGUUCCCUGAGACUCGCGAAGACAUCCUCAAGACGUUCUGCCCACGAAGUCCCAAGCUUUGUUGGACAAUCAAUCGCGUUCUGGAACUGAAGGAACAAGAACAUCGUGUUCUUGUCUUUGUUGACAAUCCUCUGACCUCCCUGAUUCUGAUGGCCUUACUUACUAGCCUCUGCGUGAAUGCUCUCAACAUUAGAAGCUCAAACGAUGUUGAUCAGCGAGCUCACAUGGUUCGUCAGUUCAACGAUCCAGAAAGCCAAGUCGACGCUCUGGUUGUCUCCUUUCAACUCGAUGGAUUCGGCAUGAACCUCCAAGGAGCCUGCCAUUAUGGAAUUGUCGUGGAAUAUCCCAAAAACCUCCCUACCAUGCUUCAUGGGUUCGGCCGACUUUGGAGAAUGGGGCAGGAAUAUGAAGUCCACUGGGAUGUUCUCUAUCUGGAGAACUCGUUCGAUGGCUGGGUCGAAACAUGGAUGGCGUCGAAGUAUGCCGACAUCCUUGCAGCUGAGGGAGAAAUUCCUGACGAGAUCAAAGGAGAGUACAGGGUCAUCUGCGGGUUUGAACUAAUCAAGCGGUAUCUCGGACAAGACAGCAACCGGUACCCCAGAACUCGAGUGACUUGGGCUGAACAGGAGCAUCCUUUGGUAGCUCGAGAGGGCCAUUUCUACUCGGCGGUGGCAAACUAUCUCAUGCAGAAUCCGGGACAUUACGAGAGAUUUCUCCAGCCCCUGUCUGACAUUGCUCGUCGCUGGAGUCCGGACCAAGGCGAAUUAACUCUCGACAUGAUCGAAGGGAGAUCUCUGUCGUUGGAGGAUGGGGUUAUUUUGGACUCACGCAAUCCUCUCACGCCCGGCUACGUUGCAGUCAGCGCAGGUGAUGGUCUACACCAGGAGCUCAGACAGGCUGUCGAGAUUCGGUCGAACUUGAGGGAUGAUGAUUCUCGCUUGAGGAUGGAACGGGAGCGGCGACUUUGAGAGGAAACUUCGGGACACGAAUGAUUAGUUCUGGUACGCAUUUGCAUGGAAUGAUGGAACUUGGCCGUUUUCAUCCCAGAUAUGGAGGCC